AUGAUUCCCGGACGUGUUCCUGAGUUCGAUCUCAUCCUUCUCGAGAUGACAGGAUUUGACAUCAUUCUUGGGAUGGACUGGUUGUCGUCCUUUAGAGUUGUUAUUGAUUGUUUCAGGAGCAGAGUUUCAGUGUGUACCCCAGAUGAGGAUUGUUUCUGUUUUGUGGGAGAUCGGUGUGAUCCUCUCACUCAUUCAUUCUAUGGUGUUAGGAGUCGAGAUCGGCAGACGUUCUUCUUGGCCAGCCUUUUCGCCGAUGAUGACGUUGAGUUUUAUGGGGUUGAUUAUCCAGCGGUGGUGCGCGAUUUUUUGGAUAUGUUUCCGGAGGACUUGACAGAGUUUCCUCCACACCGAGAGGUGGAAUUAGCUAUUGAUUUGAUGCCUGGUAUCGUGCCAAUCUCUAUGGAACCAUAUCGUAUGGCACCAAUUGAAUUAGAAGAAUUAAAGAAAUAG